AUGAACUAUUACGAUGACUUAUCUUGUGAUUUCAUUCUAGAUAAAAUAACGUCUUCGAAUUGUAGUCCGAAUUCAGUGGUUGGGGUCAACCCAGUGGCCAAUACUUCAGAGACCAUCAAUUUUUAUGAAAACUAUUCAACCAUUCACUCUUCUACUCCAAUUAGAAGAGUCAAUUAUGGUCCUAUUUCUUGGUCUUCGAUGAUGAAACGCGACGAUGGCCUCAAUAUGCUAUGGGAAUACAUGAUUACGUAUAAAAUGGGAUGCUUAAAAGAAUCCGAUAUUAAGAAGAAGACUCAUGACUCAAAUCAUGCCAUUGACGAUGAAAUUGAAGACCGGUAUAACGAUUUGAUAAAAAAUUGGAAUAAAAGAUCAAAAGAAAAUUCUGAUUUAAUGGAUAUGAAGCAUUUAAAACAAAAAAUUUUAAACCACUUACCGCCUAGAAGAGUUACUUGGUGUUUGAUAAACCGAUUCUUCAGGUAUGUUUAUCCAUUUGCUCCGUUUCUUGACCAACAAAAUUUUGAAGAUUCAAUGACAAACAUUCUCGGAGGAAAACCUCCUGAUGAUACCCCUGUUGAUGAAAAAAUCAAAGAUUUGAAAAUCAACAGUAAAGAAGAAUUCGCCAAACUUGGUUUAUUAUUUGUGAUUCAUCGAUUCUCUUUUCUUUCAAUGUUCACCAAUAACGAACAAGAGAAUAUGGGAUUACUAAGUUCGGUUUUCAAUGAAGUAGGAUACCCCGAUAUUCAAUGCUCUAAAGCUUGUGUGGAAAAUUUUGGUUAUUUAAUUGAAAAUCCGAUUUCAGUAGAAGUUAUUGAAUUAGCAAGAUAUUGUCUUCAUUUAUUCCCCUUAAAUGCAGCUUAUUCUUUACCAGCUUUGCAAUUAAUGUUUUAUCUUCGAGUUUAUAAUAGAUUUGCCCCGGAAGAUGGCGAUGGUGCCGAUGGCGGUGAUGCUCAAAUGUCUAAUGCAGUUAUUGUUCAAAUGGCUUAUCAUUCUGGUCUUAAUCGGGAACCUUCAAAAUAUUCAGAAGAUAACGAUGAAGAUGCAAAAUUAAACCACAUUAAAAGAAAAACUUGGUAUUUUAUAGUAUUUGCUGAGUUAUAUCAUAGUUACACAUUUGGUAAUCCAUCAAGUCUUUCAUCCAUAUCUUAUGAUACUAAAAUUCCAUUUGUUAAUUCAAAAAAUUCAAGUAUUCCAAACGUUGAAGUUGAAGAGAAAGUUGUUUCAAAUUUACAAACUUUCCUCAAAUUUAAAGAACCAAUUGAUAAAGUAUUAAAACAAAUUUUGAAUAUUGAUGGUAAAGUUAAAUUAAUCGAAGUUAGUGAAAAUUUAAGUGAUUUAGAAACCUUAUUUUUCGUAAUUGAUAAAACAUUUGCCGAUCAAAAUCCUCAAAUUGGAUUUGACUUAUCCCAAAAAAUUGUUACUGAUGAUUGCAUGAAAAUUCACGAUACUAAAUUUUAUUUAUCAAUGUCAUCAUUUUUCAUUUCGAUUUAUUUCCAUUUAUAUUUAUUUUACAUAAAUAAGAAUCAUAAUUUAUCCUUUUUCUAUUUAAAGAAAAGUUUUAUAUUUUUAUUAGAAGUUGUUCCAUUUUACUCAAGAAUAGUUGAAUCUUCUGAUUUGGUUUGUGAUUUCAUAUUGAAUCCAACCCUUGAAAUGACAAUUCAUAAGGCAAAUCAAAUAGUCAUGUCCUUCAUAAUUAAAUUAGGAUUUGUUAUUUAUGAAAUGAAAAAAAUUAGUCAAGAACUGAAAGAAGGUAAAAAUUCAAACUUCUACCAAUAUCUUAACACCGUUGAAAAUUUUAGAAAUUCAUUAAUUAAAAUUUCAAAUUAUUCAAUUUACCAAAUUCUGAAAUUAAGCAAUAGGUACUACUAUGCUUGGAGAAUUACAAAAGCUCAUGAUUUGGUUUUGAAAACAAUUACAAGCAUUCAAUUCUACAAAGAUAAUUAUCAUCACCCAAAACUGAAUUUUUUGAAAAAACCAAAAUAUUCAAAAAAUCAUUUAAAAGAAUUACAUUCAUUAGUGCUUGAUGCUAUCGAUAGAACUAUUAACGAAACAAAUAAUCGUUGUUCCGAAGUUUAUGUUAGUAAUGCAGAAAUUGAUGCAAAAUGGAUGCAAUCUCGUGGGUUGACCGACGAUUUCGAAUCAAAUAAAAACUUGAGUGUCUUCAAUAUCUUUAAUGAUGAUUUAUGA